GAUAAUCAUGCAUUACAUACUUGUAAACCACUCCAGCCGUCACCGUGUGGGACAUCGUGUCGAGCAGAUGCAGAGUGUCAAACUGAAGACUCCGGGAAGGAAAGGGACGACGAUACGGAAAGGAAACCAGAUGACAAGAAAGGGGACACCCUCUCUGGAGGAGCUGGUGGAGCUCUUACAUGCAGCUCCACGCUCCUGUCGCCAUGGAGAUGAGGUCUGGCCUAACCUAUAUCUGGGAGACAUGUGUAUGUCUCAUGACAAAUUUGGAUUAUGGACGUUGGGCAUCACCCAUGUGCUCAAUGCAUCACAUGGCAAACUGUGCUGCAAAGGCAGCGAUGACUUCUACGGAACCACGGUGCAAUACUACGGUGUGCCAGCCAAUGACCUGCCCACCUUCGACAUUUCACCUUUCUUCCACCCCGCUGCUGACUUCAUCGGCCUCGCCCUCACAUCAGGAGGAAGGGUGCUGGUGCACUGUGCUGUAGGUGUGAGUCCCUCAGCCACUUUGGUCCUAGCCUACCUGAUGAUUCACCAUCACCUCAGUCUUAGGUCCGCUAUACAACAUGUGCUACAGAACCGCUGGAUCUUUCCAAACAGAGGCUUCCUAAAGCAGCUUAUGACGCUUGAAAAAUCCUUGCAGAGCAAAAGAUGAAAAACUAAAAUUUCAUGAUCUGUGUCAAACAUGGACUUGGACUUUUUCUCCGAUGCAGAGAAUAUUUAGGACGAGCCAGGCAUGACCGUGAGUACAUAUCUAUUGAUAAUCUAACAAAACGGCAAACAAAGGGCGCGCACAGUGGCGGAGAACAAAUACUUGGCUACAAAAACAAAUGACUAGAACAAAGGCCGUAAACUAAAAACGUGAAACAAAAACACUUGCGCUGCGGCAUGAAUAACAAACCAAAAACUUGCACUGAGGCAUGAAUAGAAAACUUACGUGGCGUGGUCAAAAACGAACAGCAAGGCAUGAAGGUAGGUACAUGGGUCAGGUAGGUAGUUAUGUCGGUAGGUAAAGUUGGCAGGACGAAGACAGAAACAGAAUGGCUUGAAUAAUGACUAUGAUAAUGAUUAGCAGGUGUGAAAACUGAGGACCGGGUUGUGACUUGGAGACAAGGUGGAAACUAAUGAGUUACUAUGGAAACCAAGAAAACAAGGAAGUGCAAACGCAAUAACUGAAUGUCCGAAAAACUAAACAUAACAUGACCAAAACAAAACAUAAUCCAUAGGCGUUACAAUCUGAUAACUUUUGUCAGAGAUAAAAGCAUCCAUUUGUAUUGGGGAAUGCGAUGCUAAAUGUGCAUACAGUAGAUUUUUUUUCAGCAAAGCAUCAAGUUACUAUAGUGACUUAGUUGAGUGUUUGAAAUGGACCACUAUUAGUUAUUAGCAAAUACCUGGUGGUGUAAUGGUAGGACAAGAAAUAGGAAAAGCAUCCGACUUAGAAACUAGGCCAUAAAUAUUAAUGAAAUUAAUUUGCUGUGGUGGUGAUCUCUGAUCUGGAAAGACUAAAAGUGAAAUGAAAUUAUUGCCUCACAAUACAAAGGUCCUGAGUUCGAUCCUGUGCCUGGGAUCUUUCUGUGUGGAGUUUGCAUGUCCUCCCUGUGAAUGCGUGGGUUCCCUCCGGGUACUCCGGCUUCCUCCCACCUCCAAAGACAUGCACCUGGGGAUAGGUUGAUUGGCAACACUAAAUGGUCCCUAGUGUGUGAAUGUGAGUGUGAAUGUUGUCUAUCUACCUGUGAUGGCCCUGCGAUGAGAUGGCAACUUGUCCAGGGUGUACACCGCCUUCCGCCCGAUUGUAGCUGAGAUAGGCUCCAGCGCCCUCCGCAACCCUGAAGGGAAUAAGCGAUAAGAAAUGGACGGAUGGAUGUUAUUAAGAACUCUAGGAACUGUAUUUUAGAUAUUUUUUCAGAGAGCAAAAAUAAUGCAAAAUAUGACUAUAUAGGUGUAAAUCAAAUGAGCGUGGCCACCGCUGCUGCUUACUGCUCCCCUCACCUCCCAGGGGGUGAACAUGGGGAUGGGUCAGAUGCAGAGGAUAAUUUCACCACACCUAGUGUAUGUGUGACUACCGUUGGGACUUUUAACUUUAACUUUAAUUAAAUAUUUGAAAUGCAAAUAAAUAUCAGAAAAAAAGUCAAAUAUACAGUGAUGGGCAGUAAAAGGCUACAUGUCGCUAUGUUACGAAGUUUAACUACAUUUUCCAGUAGCUUAGCUACUUUUUUUUAACAAGUAACUUUUUCUGUAGCUUGGGUUGCACUUUGUAAAUACACUUUGAGUCACUAGAGAGAAGCGCUAUAUAAAUAUACUUCACUUCACUUCACUUCACUUACUGAGUUACUUUUAGACCCAUGUCGCUCGGUAGCGUACGUCAAAGCUCUAAGCUACAAAGAAAGAAAAUGGACUGAAAAAAUCUAGACCAAAAAAAAAGAA